GAGGGCUCCGAGCAUGAAAGUGAGGAUGUUGUGAUGCAGUUGCUAGGGUGUUCUGGCUGGUUGCUAGGUGGUUUCUUAUUGCUCAAAAGAGCCUGUCUUCAAAUCUCAGACUUCUUCUGGUCUCUCCUUGAAUUAUCCAGGUGAACAGAGUUAUGACCUACAGAGAACUGGACAACGACCUCAUGAAGUACUCGGCUUUUCAGACCCUGGAUGGAGAGAUUGACCUGAAGCUGCUCACGAAGGUUUUAGUCCCGGAGCAGGAGGUGAGAGAGGAGACACCGAGGUCUCAUCUCAACUCCAGACGGAUUGGGAUCAAGGAGAGCGGGAAGAUCAGUCUCCACUUCCUGUGGCUUGGGGAUGGAUUUACACCUCAGGACUGACGUCAUGUGCUCAGAUAGGAAAAUAUUGUUCAUAUUGAAUGUGUUUCUUGACGAUGACGUCAUGUCAUUGCCGCUGACAUCUCGUGGCUCACGCUGUGUGUGUUUCUCAUUAAGGUUAACCUUGUAAACCCAGAAACAUUGCUUUUCUUAACUGGAUCAAUCUGGAGACAUUUGUCACUGUUUGUAGUAUCUG